AUGGCCGGGGAGUCGAAGGCGAGCGCGACCUUGGAUGCCGGCACUGCAGAGGAGCGGCCGGGGUUGCUGACGGGCAUCCUGACCGUGAAGGUGGAGGAGGAGGAGGAGGACGUCCCCACGGCCGCGCCCGGCAGCCCGGGCCCCGGCCCCGAGCGCUCGCGCCGGCGCUUCCGGGGCUUCCGCUACCCUGAGGCCGAGGGGCCCCGCGAGGCGCUGCGCCGGCUCCGCGAGCUGUGCCGCCAGUGGCUGAGCCCGGAUAUACACACCAAGGAGCAGAUCCUGGAGCUGCUGGUGCUGGAGCAGUUCCUGACCAUCCUGCCCGCGGAGCUCCAGGCCUGGGUGCGGGAACAGCACCCGGAGAGCGGGGACGAGGUGGUGGUGCUCCUGGAGCACCUGCAGAGACAGCUGGAGGCGCGGACACCGCAGGUCCCAGGUGGUGACCAGGGCCAAGAGCUUGUCUGUUGCGAGAUGGCAGCACUGACACCUUCCCGCGGAUCACGGAGUGCCCAGUUCCAGCCGGUGAGGGCUCUGCUCAAGCAUGAAUCUCUGGGAUCACGGGCCUUACCAGGCACAGUUCUCCAGGGUCCUGGGCUUGCCCCGGGAGGGCGCUGCAGAGGAGACGCAGUGGUGGCGGCCAGGCUGCCGCCAGAGCCCCAGGGCUUGCUGAAAACGGAAGACGUGGCCCUGGCUUUCUCCUCUGGCUGGGCGCGGCUCGAUUCCUCUCGGGGGAGCUUCCACGGAGAUGAAGGGCGGGAGAACCCCGGCGGCCUGACCUCCCCGGGUGGUGAAACAGAGGCCGAGAUCCGGGCCCUGCCUGUGGACGAGGUCCGGCCAGUACAAGAGGCUGGGGGAAUACCACGCCCCCUGCGUGAAGACACUGCCCAGAUUCCUGAAGGCACCGAAGCUGGCGAACAGGAGGGCAGGUUCCCGAGAAAGCAGAAAACUGCCACAGGAAGUAGGCGGCACUACUGUCAUGAAUGUGGAAAGAGUUUUGCUCAGAGUUCAGGCCUGACUAAACACAGGAGAAUCCACACCGGGGAGAAACCCUAUGAAUGUGAAGACUGUGGCAAGACCUUCAUCGGGAGCUCUGCCCUGGUCAUCCAUCAGAGAGUCCACACUGGGGAGAAACCCUAUGAGUGUGAGGAAUGUGGGAAAGCCUUCAGUCACAGCUCAGACCUCAUCAAACACCAGAGAACCCACACUGGGGAGAAGCCCUACGAGUGUGAGGAGUGUGGGAAAACCUUCAGCCAGAGUUGCAGCCUCCUUGAACAUCACAAAAUCCACACAGGGGAGAAGCCGUACCAGUGCAACAUGUGUGGCAAAGCUUUUAGGCGGAAUUCACAUCUCCUCAGACACAAGAGGAUCCACGGCGAUAAAAAUGUGCAGGAUCGUGAAUGUGCAGGGACCUGGGAGAGUCAGGGGAGGGUGGAAAGCCGGUGGGAAAACGUUGAGGCUCCCGCGUCUUACACAUGUAACGAGUGUGACAGGAGUUUCACUCGGAGUAGAAGCCUUAUCGAACAUCAGAAAAUCCACACUGGUGAGAAACCCUAUCAGUGUGACACAUGUGGGAAAGGCUUCACCCGAACUUCAUACCUCGUUCAACACCGGAGGAGCCAUGUUGGAAAGAAAGUUCUAUCACAGUGAGCCACGUCAUACAUGCCAGAUUUGUUCAUUCCUCACAGAACUGGGCUGAGGCUUUACUGACC